CAACUGCGCCACCACCACAUCCUCUCGCAUCAACGGUUCCCGGCGGCCGAACCAGAAAAAAAAAAUGCAGACCCUUCAAUCGUCCCCAGCUGGUGCAGCCCUUCGCGUCUCCUCCUUAGAACCCCUCCGUAAACAAUCCCCUCAGCUCUCUACCUCAGGCAGAGCUGGUUCCAAGAAGCAGAAACAAACAUGGAUGAAACCCAUCUCUGCUUCAGCUCCAAAGGCUUCCUCUGUUGCAAAGAGAGAAACGGACCCGAAGAAGAGAGUGGUCAUCACGGGUAUGGGAGUUGCCUCUGUUUUCGGAAACAACGUUGAUGUCUUCUAUGAUCGCCUUCUCGCUGGUGAGAGUGGCAUUGAUCUUAUCGAUCGGUUUGAUGCCUCAAAGUUCCCCACUCGAUUUGGUGGCCAGAUUCGUGGGUUUAGCUCUGAAGGUUACAUUGAUGGUAAGAACGAUCGUCGACUUGAUGAUUAUCUUAGGUACUGUAUUGUUGCUGGCAAGAAAGCCCUUGAGAAUGCUGCCCUCGGCCGUGAGGGACUCUCUAAGAAGAUUGACAUGGAACGAGCCGGUGUGCUUGUAGGAUCAGGCAUGGGUGGUCUAUCAAUAUUUUCUGAUAGUGUUCAAAAUCUCAUAGAGAAAGGUUACAGGAAAAUAUCUCCAUUUUUCAUUCCAUAUACUAUAACAAACAUGGGCUCAGCCUUGCUUGCAAUUGACCUUGGUUUAAUGGGUCCAAACUAUUCGAUUUCAACUGCCUGUGCUACCUCCAAUUAUUGCUUCAAUGCUGCUGCCAACCAUAUCCGACGGGGUGAAGCUGAUUUGAUGCUGGUUGGAGGAGCUGAAGCUCCAAUGGUGCCCAUUGGCCUGGGGGGUUUUGUUGCAUGUAGAGCUUUGUCACAGAGAAAUGAUGACCCAAAAACUGCUUCAAGGCCAUGGGAUAAAGAUCGAGAUGGUUUUGUGAUGGGUGAAGGUGCUGGAGUGUUGGUAAUGGAGAGCUUAGAACAUGCAAUGAAACGUGAUGCACCAAUCAUUGCUGAGUACUUGGGAGGUGCAGUUAAUUGUGAUGCUUAUCAUAUGACUGACCCCCGAGCUGAUGGACUUGGUGUUUCAUCUUGCAUUAAGGCAUGCCUCGAGGAUGCUGGCGUGUCACCAGAGGAGGUUAAUUACAUAAAUGCACAUGCAACUUCCACACUUGCUGGUGACCUGGCUGAGGUGAAUGCCAUAAAAAAGGUAUUCAAGGACACUUCAGAGAUCAAAAUGAAUGCCACCAAGUCUAUGAUAGGGCAUUGCCUUGGUGCUGCUGGAGGCCUGGAAGCCGUUGCUGCAGUAAAAGCCAUAACUACUGGAUGGCUGCAUCCCACAAUAAACCAGUUUAAUCCAGAACCUUCUGUUGAGUUUGAUACAGUUCCAAAUGUAAAGAAGCAACAUGAAGUAAAUGUUGCCAUUUCAAAUUCUUUCGGCUUUGGAGGACACAACUCUGUUGUGGCUUUUUCCGCAUUCAGGCCUUGACCAGUCCAUGUUUAGAAAUUUUUCAAAGGAUAAUCUUUCUCACUUCUAAUUCCUUUAUUGGAUUCUUAGAUGUUAUUUUUCUUCAUUGCUUGUUUCUGUAUUCCUACACAAUGUUAUUUGAGUAGGGUUUCUUUUCUUACAAUGCAGUUCUAUAAGUCUGUAAUGGAACUCUGACUCUAGAACCUGCUUGCCAUUUUUGUAUUAGAACUUCUGAGGGAUUUAAGAGAUCUCUCCACAUAUUGGAAUUUUUCCCUGUAUUUU